UACCUGGCCAUCGAGUGACUGGCUGUACUGUCUCACAGGUCAGAGUGGGGCCGGAAACAACUGGGCCAGGGGGCACUACACAGAAGGCGCGGAGCUGAUGGAGUCAGUGAUGGACGUUGUCAGAAAGGAGGCUGAGAGCUGUGACUGCCUGCAGGGUUUCCAGCUGACCCACUCCCUGGGUGGGGGGACGGGGUCUGGGAUGGGUACCCUUCUGCUCAGUAAGAUCCAGGAGGAGUACCCAGACAGGAUCAUAAACACAUUCAGCAUCCUGCCCUCGCCCAAGGUGUCAGACACGGUGGUGGAGCCCUAUAAUGCCACCCUCUCGGUCCACCAGCUCAUAGAAAAUGCAGACGAGACCUUCUGUAUAGACAACGAAGCGUUAUACGACAUCUUUUCCAGGACCCUGAAACUGCCCACGCCCACCUAUGGUGACCUGAACCACCUGGUGUCUGCCACCAUGAGCGGAGUCACCACGUGCCUGCGCUUCCCAGGCCAGCUGAAUGCUGACCUGCGGAAGCUGGCCGUGAACAUGGUCCUGUUUCCCCGGCUGCAUUUCUUCAUGCCUGGCUUUGCCCCAUUGACCAGCCGGGGCAGCCAGCAGUACCGGGCCCUGACGGUGGCUGAGCUUAUGCAGCAGAUGUUUGAUGCUAGGAAUAUGAUGGCCGCGUGUGACCCCCACCAUGGCCGCUACCUAACGGCGGCUGCCAUUUUCAGGGGUCGCAUGCCCAUGAGGGAGGUGGAUGAACAAAUGUUCAACAUUCAAAAUAAGAACAGCAGCUACUUCGCUGACUGGCUCCCCCACAACGUCAAAACGGCUGUCUGUGACAUCCCAUCCCGGGGGCUAAAAAUGUCAGCCACCUUCAUUGGGAACAACACGGCCAUCCAGGAACUCUUCAAGCGUGUCUCAGAGGAGUUUACCGCAAUGUUCUGGCGCAAGGCCUUCCUCCAUUGGUAUACCGGCGAGGGGAUGGAUGAGAUGGAAUUUACCGAGGCGGAGAGCAACAUGAACGACCUGGUUUCUGAGUAUCAACAGUAUCAGGAUGCCAAGGCCGAGGAGGAGGAGGAGUUUGAGGAGUAUGCGGAGGCCUAG